CGAGUUUGAACUUUAUUUCCACUGUUAGUUUAGGUUGGUGAGCGCCGGUCAAAGUCCCCUUGGCUCUGGCGGCUUCCCGGAGCGCGGCACCACCGGACCGGCUGCAAGAGAGCUCUUGCCUCGGGCACCUCACACAACCUACUCCGGGAGUCGGUGUUGGUCGGCGCCCACACACGCCGGCUCUUGACACGGUAACGGCUGACUGAACAUGCAAUACUACGUGGGGAUUGAUGUGGGGACUUCAAGUGUACGGGGAGCACUUGUAGACCAGAAUGGUAAAGUGGUGGUGCAGACAGAACAACCAAUCCAGAUCUGGGAGCCACAGCCAGAUUACUAUGAGCAGUCUUCUGCUGAUAUCUGGGCAGCGUGCUGUGCUGUUUCAAAGAAAAUCGUUCAGUCGGUUGAUCUGAGUCGUAUCCGAGGUAUUGGGUUUGAUGCCACCUGCUCGCUUGUUGUACUUGAUGAAAAAUUUGAACCCUUAGCCGUGAAUGCAGAAGGGGUGAACAACAGGAACAUUAUCAUGUGGAUGGAUCAUCGAGCAGUUGUUCAAGUAGACCGAAUAAAUCAAACAAAGCACUGUGUGCUACGCUAUGUGGGCGGAGUGAUGUCUCCAGAAAUGCAGCCACCUAAACUUCUUUGGCUAAAAGAAAAACUGCGAAGCAUUUGCUGGGAAAAAGCUGGUCAUUUCUUUGAUCUCCCUGAUUUUCUGUCUUGGAAAGCCACAGGUGCAACUACAAGAUCUCUUUGUACCUUGGUUUGUAAAUGGACUUACUCUGCACAAACAGGCUGGGAUGACGGCUUCUGGAAGCAGAUUGGACUUGAGGAUUUGACAGUCAACAAUCAUUCAAAAAUAGGGAAUCAUGUGUUGUCUCCUGGCAGCCGAGUGGGAAAUGGCUUGACAUCAGUUACCGCUCAAGAGUUGGGACUGCCCAAGGGAAUUGCUGUGGCAGCAUCUUUGAUCGACGCCCAUGCUGGAGGUUUAGGUGUGAUUGGGGCAGAUGCAAGAGGUUCCAAAUUGCCUUGUGAGAACAUGCCAAUUACUACAAGGCUUGCUCUCAUCUGUGGAACAUCCUCCUGUCAUAUGGGGAUUAGUAAAAGUCCAAUAUUUGUGCCUGGUGUUUGGGGCCCUUAUUUCUCUGCUAUGGUACCUGAUUUAUGGUUAAAUGAAGGUGGACAAAGUGCUACUGGAAAACUGAUGGACCAUGUUGUUAAAAGUCAUGCUGCAUUCCCAGAGCUGGAGUCCAAUGCGAAGGCGAGUGGGAAAAAUGUCUACAUGUACUUAAACUGUCACCUGGAGUCCAUUAAAAAGUGUUCUGCUGUGGGCAUGCUAACAGUUGAUUUACAUGUUUGGCCUGAUUUCCAUGGCAACAGAUCUCCCUUAGCAGAUCCUACACUAAAGGGCAUGGUAACUGGAUUAGCACUGACUAACAGUCUUGAUGAUCUUGCUAAGCUUUACUUAGCUACAGUUCAAGCAAUUGCACUGGGAACCCGUCACAUUUUGGAAACAAUGCAGAAUGCAGGACAUCAAAUCAAUACUCUCUUUAUGUGUGGUGGAUUGAGCAAGAAUCUCCUAUUUGUCCAAAUGCAUUCGGAUAUUUCAGGUAUGCCGAUUGUCCUUGCCGAGGAGGUGGAGUCAGUUUUAGUGGGUGCUGCGGUUUUGGGAGCGUAUGCCUCUGGUGACUUUAAAUCUAUACAGGAAGCUAUGGAAAAAAUGGGAAAAAUUGGAAAAAUAAUUCAUCCAGAUCUUGCACAAAAGAGGUAUUAUGACAACAAAUACAAAGUCUUCCUGAAACUUGCUGACCACCAGAAGGAGUACAGAGCUAUAAUGCAAAACAUCUGAUAGCUACAGCAUAGUGGAGGAAAUGGCCAGAGUUCAUUCGAUAUAUUUUACUACUUUCCAUGUGAAGUUACUGUUAGUAGAUCACAACCUUCGGGUUUUUUUAAAAUGAAAAACAUGCUGUGUAAAACAUGAACUUAAAUUUUGGAUUCAGUUGGAAUAAAUGUUACAUUGUGUAUUCUCAAUAAAAAAAAUUUUAAAUAUGUAAA